CAGUCGCUCAGCUGCCUGGUAGGUGACUGCAGGCGUUGAUCAGUGCUCGCUGGGAUUUUGCUGACGUGGCCCCAAUCCCGCUUCCCUUCCCACCCUGCGAUGGCAGAAGAAACUCGACAGAGUAAACUGGCCUUAGCCAAGAGAAAGUUAAAAGAAUAUUGGCAGAGAAACAGCCCUGGUGGUCCAGCAGAAGCGAAGAAGAACGGGAAAACAAAUGGCAGUGUCCCUAAGACAGCCACUUCUGGUGGUUCCCACUCACCUGGGGAUUCAGCAACAGGUAUCGACGGAGAGGGCCCUACGUCAUCGGCACCCCUCAAGGAUCUGGAGAGCCCGUCCCAAGAACUAGCAGUAGUCCUGGACUCGAGGUCUGUCAAAAUCAGUCAACUGAAGAACACCAUCAAAUCUUUGAAACAACAGAAGAAACAAGUGGAACAUCAGCUGGAAGAAGAAAAGAAGGCAAACAAUGAGAAACAGAAAACCGAAAGGGAGCUAGAGGUUCAAAUCCAGACAUUGAACGUACAGAAAGGGAAACUAAGUACGGACCUGUAUCGCACGAAACGCUCACUCAGAUACUUUGAAGAAGAGUCCAAGGAUCUGGCUGGCCGCCUGCAACAUUCAUUGCAGCGUAAAGGGGAGUUACAGCGGGCUCUGUCUGCUGUCACCGCCACACAGAAGAAGGCGGACAGAUCCUCGAGCCGCAAUAAAGCACGUAUGGAGUGGAAGUUAGAGCAGUCCUUACGGGAGCAGGCACUGCUGAAAGCUCAGCUGACACAGAUGAAGGAUUCACUCAAACAAGCCCAUCUAGAGAGAGACGAAUAUGUUCAACAUCUAAAAGGAGAGAGGGCCCGGUGGCAGCAGAGGAUGAGAAAAAUGUCCCAGGAGGUUUGCACACUAAAGAAGGAGAAGCAGCAUCACAUGCGUCUGGUAGAGAAGCUGGAGAGGAGUUUGUCGAAACUAAAAAACCAGAUGGCUAAACCCCUGCCCCCAGAGCGCCCAGCAGUGCCCCCUGAGGAGGAGCUGCAGCACCUGAGGAAGGAACUAGAGAGGGUGUCAGCAGAGCUCCAGGCCCACGUGGAAAACCAUCAACACAACAAUGAGAACAAGAGCGCACUGCAGUUGGAGCAGCAAGUGGAGGAGCUACAGGAGACGCUGGGCGAGGAGCACCUGGAGGCUGCCAGCCAGCAGAAGCAGCAGCUGCAGGACCAACUGAGCCUCACGGCUCUCCCUGGGGAAGGAGAUGGAGGAGGACAACAUCUGGACAGUGAGGAGGAGGAGGGACCUCGGCCCAUGCCGAGCGUCCCAGAGGACCAGGAGAGCUGGGAGGCCAUGAGCGGCUUUAUGGACCACCGGGAGGAGAUGGCGGACCUGAGUGAGCUGGUGGAGAAACCCGAACUUCCGUUCAUCGAAUACUGGGGAGAGAGAUGCCAUCAGAAUGUUCAUCAGCUUCUAACAGAGGCAGGGGGCAGUGCCGAGGAUGCAGCAAUGGGAGGAGGACAUCAUCAGGCUGGUCCGGCACAGGGAGGAGAUGAAGGUGAAGCUGCUGGCGCUGCAGGAGAUGCUGUUAUGGUUGGCAGCGACUACAACAACAAGCACAGCAAACUCCUGAUCUCUGCCCAGAACCCUGCUCAUGAGCCCCGUCCAGGAGCCCCAGCCCCCCAGGAGCUUGGGGCUGCCCACAAGCAUGGCGAUCUUUGUGAGCUGAGCCUCAGCGUCAGCGCCGAGACUGGGCAAGGAGAGGCCAGGGAGGGGUCUCCCCACGACAACCCCACUGCACAGCCCAUCGCGCAGGAGCACCAGGAGCACCAGGAGCACCCAGGCUUGGGCAGCAACCGCUGCGUGCCGUUCUUUUGCUGGGCUUGGCUGCCAAGAAGAAGGAGAUAAACAUCACCGUCAUCAAAGAGCUGGUCAAGAAACUUUUUAAAAAGAAACAAAGUUAUGGGGUUAAUCUCCUACACAAUUCAUUUAGUUCAUUUGAAUGUUAGAGCCACUCUUGAUUAUUUGUGUUUCUAGUUUGUAGUUUAAGUUUAUUUGUAAAAAGUUAAAAGAGAUUGGGUCUCUGUGGCUUUCACUGAGGUUCACUCUGGCAUCCUUUAGCAUUUUCUUUUUUAAUUUCAUAAUUGUAGGUCAUUAGCAUGUAUAUCGAGUUUGCCCUUACGUGGUGGGAGUUCAAACACCCAAAGACCCACUGUUUGCACAGAACUAUUCUCGCUGGUUUGGAAUAGGCUGCCAUGCUUUUGUAAUGUUAUUAUAGCAUGUAUGUUCAUUACAGAAUUCAGAUAAAAUUUGCUUAUGUUCUGCUACUGUUUGAUCCAAUCGUAAUCACAGUGAGCCCUUCAUUAGCUCAAUAUGCGGUUUGCCCUCAAGUGUGCACUGUUGAUUACUUUGUAGGGACAUAUUUUGUGCAGUAUUUAUGUGAUCGUGCCUAUGCAUGAGGAAUGAAUGAAUUUCAGUCACACAUUGCCUAAAUCAUAACUUGAUGAUGCUUGGGAAAGACUCAACAGUUAAAACUUCAUGAGGUUCUAAUGUCUGUGUCCAAAACACAUCACAGUAUUAGGAUGUAGGGAGAUAUGUACGUGUGCUCCCUGGGGUGGGGAUUUCUAGUUACUAGACCAUCUCCAUUUUCAGCAUUUGGCAUCCUCAUGAUACUUUUAUAAAUAUGACGUUAACAGGAGACUAAAAUACGAUUUUACUGAUGAAUAACAGAUUUGCCUGCAUUCACUGAAAGAGCGCAAAUAUUGGGUCCUGUGACUUCAACUGAUUCUUCCAAAUUGUAUGAAUAUAUCAGUGUAUUAGAUAAGCCCAGUUUCAGAAUAAUAAAGAAAAAAUGUUAGACCAAAUAAUGCGACUAAUUAACAGUGGUACAAUUUCUAGCC